CGUACUGAACACACAGGCAUCAUGUCUUCCAACAGUGAUCAAAAAAACCCCUCUCAGACCGACGGCAAGGCCGGUCAGACCAAGAAGUCUGACAUGGGCACGGGCAUGAUGGCCUACAAGAUGUACGUGUUCGACCAGGAGAACUUCCAGGGCCGUAUGAUCGAGAUCAAUGCUGAGUGCAUGAACGUGUGUGAGAUGGGCAUGGACAGGGUCCGAUCACUUCGUGUGGAGUGUGGCCCUUUUGUGGGAUGGGAGCAGAUGAACUUCUGCGGAGAGAUGUACAUCCUGGAGAAGGGUGACUACCCUCGCUGGGACUCCUGGAGCAACUGCCAGAAGAAUGACUAUCUGCUGUCUUUUAGACCCGUCAGAAUGGACCCUGAGAAGCACAAGAUCUGCCUGUAUGAGGUGGGCAACUACAAGGGUCGUAAGAUGGAGAUCAUGGAUGAUGAUGUUCCCAGUCUUUACUCCUACGGCUUCACUGACAGAGUAGGAAGCAUCUUCGUCAGCUGUGGAACCUGGGUGGGCUACCAAUACCCCGGCUACCGUGGCAGCCAGUACCUGCUGGAGAAGGGCGACUAUAGACACUUUAACGAGUAUGGUGCUCGCUGCCCUCAGAUGCAGUCCAUUAGGCGAAUCCGUGACAUGCAAUGGCACCCACAUGGCUGCUACACCAUGGCCAGCAAGUGA